GAGUGUUAGUACAUGUACUGUGCGUGCUGUGCCACGAGAAGGAGGAACGUUUUAAACCUAUCCUGUGCUUGGAUCCUCCACCUGGAUAAGGACAUGUCUUGAUGACAGGAUGUGAGGGUGGACGCAGCAGCAGGACUGUACAACCUGAGGACGCCGAGCAUGGGAACUGGCAUGCCAAAAGAAUGUUUGCCCAAGAGCUUGUGCUCAAACGACGCACAGAAAUCCUCAAUGCUCUCUGCAGCAGCGGCUCCUCCGAACACCUGGAAAAGGUUCUGGAUAUACUUCUGGCGCAAGGGAGGCUGACGUGGGAGGACUACCAGGGCGUCCAGGCGCCAGGGAGGACGCUGUACGCCAACGGGAGGCAGCUGCUCGACCUGAUCCACACCAAAGGUGCAGACACCUGUGGGCUCUUCCUCGCUGCUCUGGAACAGGUUCUCCCAGAGGAGCAGAGAGCUGCUUUCUCUGCAUCAGGAUGCUCCGCUUCUCUGGAUGAAACAGAAAAAGCCCAGAGCUCCUCCGCUGAGACGCUCCUGACUCAAAGGCCGAGCCUGGUCUCCAAGCUUCAGGGGCGCGUCGAUGGCGCUUUAGAUGCUCUCGUUGAAUCGGGCCACUUUUCCUCAACAGAGUACGAUGACGUGCGGCUGCCCAUUCACACGCCCGCACAACAGGCCAGGCGUCUUCUUGACCACGUCAGGUCCAAAGGUGAAUCUGCAGCAUCACUGCUCCUGCAGUUCAUUCAGCAAACACCAGAAUCUGGGUCCUCACUGAGCCAGGACCGACCAGCUUUCCCCAAAGAGCUCCGGAAAUACCAGAAGAAGCUGAGCAGUUCUGUGUCGGCCCAGUCCUGCUUUCUCAGUACGUAUGGAGGGACCAGCCACAUGUCUCUGGGUGACAUCUUCACUGAAGUCCAGAUAGAUUUACCUCGUAACAGCAACAGCCACAGCCCUCUGGGGCUGGAGGACGUGGUCAGCCCUGUGGGCUCAGUGAACGAGGAGGCCGAUACGGUCCUGGUGUUGGGGGAGGCCGGCAGCGGGAAGAGCACGCUGCUCCAACGGCUGCAUCUGCUCUGGUCUCAGGGGGCGGCCCUUCACGACUUUUUCCUUCUGUUCCCAUUCAGCUGUCGCAGGUUGAACUCUGAGCAGAAGGAGCUGUCUGUUCAGGAGUUACUGUUUCAACACUGCUGCUGGCCGGACAGGGGCCAGGAGGAGAUCUUCCACUUCAUCCUGGACCAUCCACAUCUCAUCCUCUUCACCUUCGACGGUCUGGACGAGCUCAAGGAGAGAUUUUCAGAUGAGUACAGGGUCUGCUGCCCCACCCAGCGCGCCCCGGUGCAUGUACUCUUGUUCAACCUAAUCCAGGGUUCCCUGAUGAAGGGGGUGAGGAAAGUGGUCACCAGUCGUCCAGAAGCAGUGGACCCCGGCUUGAAGAAGCACCUGCACAAAGAACUCCUCCUAAAAGGCUUUUCCCCAUCUGGUAUCGACUGCUUCGUGAAGAAACAUCAUAGUGAUCCAACUGUUGCUGCGAAGGUUUUGGAAUCUCUGCAGGCAAACACGGCUCUGCUCGGACUGUGCCACAGCCCCGUUCUCUGCUGGAUAGUGUCUCAGUGCCACAAGGAGCUGCUGGGCUGUGGAGAGGGGGGUCCUCAAACAAUCACAGAUGUUUACAUCUUGAUCUUACAGCACUUUUUACAGCACCAGAGCCCCCUACAGAACAGCAGGGGUGCAGGUUGGCUGCAGGAGCACCUACAAACAAUCCUACAUCUAGGGCAGCUGGCGUUUCAGGGGAUAGCCAACAACUGUUAUAUCUUUUCAGCUUCAGAACUGGAGACGUGGGCCGUGACUGAGAAGGAUAUCAGCACGGGUUUUCUCGUACGAAGCAAAAACAUAUCUCCAGCAGACUGUGCACAUUAUGAAUUUCUUCAUGUGACAAUACAAUGUUUCUUUGCAGCUCUCUACAUCGUGUUGUCCGGUAACACGGAUCGUUGUCCCAUUCCUAAACUCUUUGAACUGCAGAAUACGAGGAAAACAUGCGUGAGAGGUGCAUGUUUCCGAGCCUGCUUCCAUUCUCGUUACGAACAAGAGCCGUCUGUGGGGAAAGGUGCGACUGCAGCGGAGACGCCAAAUCUGCAGAUCGCAGCCACCUUCGUGGCUGGACUGCUGUCCCAGCGGCACCAGGGCCUCUGGCUUCACUGCUGCUCCGAUGCUGCGUUGCAGAAGAAGGGCAGACAGGUGGCACGAUGCCUUUCCAAAGGGAUGCAGAAACAUUUCAGGUCCAUCCCACAACCUGUGCAGGGGGAGGCGAAAAGCAUGCAUGCAAUGCCGGACUUUGUCUGGCUUAUCAAAUGCAUCUAUGAGAAGCAGGAGAGCAGGAUCGCUAAAGACGCCAUGAGUAAGCUGGAAGUGGACCACCUGAAACUGACUUACUGCAACAUUGGACCCGUCGAAUGCACAGCUAUUGCUUUUGUUCUCCAACAUUUAAAGAACCCAGUCGGCCUCCAGCUGGACAACAACUCUGUAGGGGAUGUCGGAGUGGAGCAGCUUCUUCCCUGCAUGCACAUUUGUAACUCCUUACACCUCAGAAAUAAUAACAUUACGGACGAGGGCAUCCGCAAACUGAUUGCUAAAGGUAUCCAAUGUGACAACUUCCAGAAGAUUGCCCUCUUCAACAACUGCCUCACUGAUGGCUGCACACAGCACUUCUCUCAUCUUCUGAAGACCAAGCAGGAUUUCCUUUCUAUAAGGCUGGGCAACAAUAAUAUUACAGCAAAUGGAGCAAAGCAGCUGGCAGAGGGACUGAAAUUCAACCGUUCACUGCGAUAUUUAGGGCUCUGGGGCAAUAAGAUAGGCGACGAAGGGGCAGAGGCCCUUGCCAGUGCUUUACAGAGCAGCAACUCUCUUGUUUGGCUCAGCCUGGUGGGCAACGGUGUGGGGACCGCAGGAGCUCAUGCCCUCUCCAACAUCAUCAGGAACAGUUCAUCCCUGGAGGAACUCUGGUUAACGGAUAACAGCAUCACCAGAACAGGAGUGGAGUCUCUGAUUCAAGCUUUAGAGAAAAACACGCAUGUGAAGUCAGUGUGGUUGAUAAACAAUGACCUUAGUUUGGAGGAGAUUGAAGAAAUGAAGAAACGUGACUCAAGACUGGUUUUCUGAAUCUGUAUGCCAUCAUUUAAGGACUACAAUGCACUUAAGCUCUGACUUUUGUAUGAAAGAAAGGUUCUGCCCAAAAAAUUGUUAGUGUAAUUAUGUGCAAUUAUUAUGUAACAUGUGCAAUUAUUAGUUUUAUAAUCUUGUAUUUGACUA